AUGGGACCCUGCGAUCUGGUGGUGCUUUCACAGGAGCUGAGCAGCGACACCGACUUGUCCACGGCCUUCGACUCGAAACACUCCCUGGCCAGCAGCUUUGUGAGCCCUGCCGUCCCCGAGCAGAUGACACUCGGUAGCAUCGAUACUGCCGCACUGGGGGACCUGGAAAACGACACACUGGCCGUGACGGUAGCAAGUCUCGUUGAUGUGUACACCCGUUUCGACUGGGCGGGAUUUGCCGUGCGUUGCUCGUCCAUGACGGUGCCCACCCAACUUGACAGGCUGCUCGAGGCCUUAAGCGAGCGUGGCAUUUCUUGCAUCAUCCUUUGCCACCAUGACUGUGAGAUACUCGACAGCUUGAGCUUUGCCUACGCCUCUGGCAUUAUCAUUGAAAACGCCUGCAUUCUCGAGAAUGGGGAGCGACGGGGGUACUUCCAAGCUCGACGCAUUCGUGACGUCAUGGUGCGAUGUGCACGUGUACGUGAUCAACGUGCGGACGAUGGCUUUUUCGUUGGGUUUUUGGACCGGUGGCGACAGCGACCGCACCCAUCCGUGGUCAAGAGAUCCAUCAAGAUCGCCGAGCACUUCGGCGCCAUUCUCCAGCAUGGUCCCCUUCAAAUAACCACGUUGGGUGGUUCCGAGAAGCCAACAUCGCCAUCCAAGACCAUCAGUGGCUUUGAAUACUUGCGUCGCGCCGAGAUUGUCGAGCUCCAAAAGUCUUGGACUUCAGGGGGCCGCACAGUCGUCGUCGCCGACAACGGCGAUCCGUCGCCCGCGUCUGACAUUGUUUCCCGGCUGCCCCUCGACGACAUUGAACAUCUCAUAUUUGGUGCCACUGCCACCUUUGUGGGCAAGGAGGUCUCCCUGGAAAAUGUACGCACCCUGUCGGAGGAGACACAAUUGGUAACCCCGCCCGCCUAUCCCGACACUCGUUCAUUGCCGUCCGAGAUCAACUUUUGGGACACGGAACGCGAUGGCAACUCCCUCUCAGCUAAAGGAUGCUUUCCCAUCUGGUCAGAACCGCUCAUCGGGCACUAUGGUGCCAUUGUCGACUCCCAAGCACAAUUGCGCGAGCUUGACAUGCUCCAGGCAAUCGUGGGUGCCGAGGAGCAGAGCAUCCUAGCUGCUCUCCAGGCCCUAGCCCGCCACAAAGACUGCGACGUUUGCGUGCACGACCUUAUACGUGGACUCCGAACGCGCGGCGUUCGCGCCUAUAAGGGUCUCCACACCGGAUUUCGUAUGCCCGAAGGUAAUGCCCAGUUCUGGGGCGUCUGCAAGAUAAGAGACGAGUCGGAUCCGGUGGGCAUCGACAUCUUUGUUUCGCAAAAUUCACCCAACGACGCGGCAGUUAUCCUUCACACUUGGCUUGCUCACCAUCAUAAGGAUCGUCUUGAAAAGUUUGAACACGAGGUCAUCCUUGAAAACGUCACGGGGUUGGGACAUGUUACCGGACUGCCCUCCACAAUCAGGACCGCGCUGGACACGGCUACACCUGCCGAGGUGCUUCUCCUCCUCCAGAAGCUCCGUCUUUCCCAGUCCAAGAACCGGUUAGCCGACGCUAUUGGUGCAUACGCGACGUUCAUUCUCAUCGAAGGCACCACCCAGUCUCACUGGAGGAGCUUGUGUGCGCGCACAUGCCUGGAUGGCACCCAAAGCACAGAAGACCUCCUCCGCCUGCGCCUUGAACACCAUGCUCGGCGGGGUGCUAAGCGACUUCCCGCACUCGAGGACCUCGUCUUUUUCCACGACCGCAUGGAAGAAGCCAUGGUCGAUGCGCUCUACAACGGGGACCACACUAUUCUGAGCAUGUUUACUCGGCCACUUAUUCACUGCUAUGGCAGAACACCCGCUCCCGGGGCCAACCCGCAGGGGGUCGACGUCGCCGCCGACUUGUUCGCUCUCAUCUUUUUUACCAUUCUCCGCCGUGCUGCGUUUGAGGACGUCUAUCUCGAGACCACCGACCGCUGUCCCCUCUUCGUCUCCCAUCCCGAUCAAGCCGCCGUCUUUGCUGAGUUGUGGACCCUCGGCUCACAAUGCGAAAGUUACUUUGGUCUCGUUCCCCAAGACAUUGGGAAGAUCAUCUACCACCGGUACAACAAGUCACUUGAAACUCUUGGUGCCCCAACGGUGCAUGAUCGCCAAACCAACGAGAUCAUGACAAUGUACGCUACCAUGGAUGCCGUCCCUGAACCUUCCCGGCAGGCCGUGCUCAAGACGCUGGCAGCAUCUUCCUCUACCCACCUCGCCCCAGGCGCGUGCGUUCAUGUCUGGAAGAUGCGGUUUGCAGCGGCUAGCGCCAUGUCUAUCUUUUGCUUACCAGCUGUCGCGGACAUUGUCCUGUUGACUUUCGUAGGGCGGGGCUUAUUCAUGACAGGCUUUAUGGACCCCCAGCACGUCCAAGUCUCCGUCUAUGCCAUCCUUGGCAGCCUGCUUCUUACGGCAGGUGUCACCGGCUGGGUUGGCAGCGGGGCUAGCUUCUACCUGCCCCACUACGCCUACGAUAACAUGGUCCACUUUCAUGUCCAGAGGUUGUCGGGAGGGUUUGUGAUUGCCGCCAUCGUCUCCACAUUGGGCUUCGUUGGCUUCACUGUCAAGAUCUCUGUUGCAUGUGGGUUGGUUUUUGCGGCGUAUAUGUUGGGCGUUUCGACCUACCUCAAUCUACUCGGCAUCAUGAGCACCAUGCACCAGCAAGGUAGUCCUCUUCCUUCGGGCCGCAUCGUCUUCCUGCAGUCAUUUUCCUUGCUCUUACUCUCUCCCCUGCUCUCGACCUUUGUCAAUGGUUACGACCUCGCCAUCUACCUCUCCGUCUUGGCCGCUGUCGCUGCCUACGAUCGCAGCAGCCAUCGUCGCAGCUUUUUUAGAGCGCCCAGGGGGGAGCUCUUGAACGACGGUCUUGUCGCGAAAGUUGCCGAGGCCUUGCCCUACAUUAAUUGGCUGCUCGAAAGGGGUGGUGGGGGCUACGACAUUCCCCAAGUCUUCUCCCCUGCCUGGUUUACCAAGGUCGGUGACGCCAUUCAUCAACAGCGGCAGCUGUCUCGAGGUCUCAAGGACCACAACGUUUUUGUCUUGUUCCGCCAUGCAAAAUACGAUAUUGGCCAAAACGUUGGGCUCUUUCUUGUUGCCCUCUUGGAUCGUUGGAUCAUGCUCGUCAUGAGUGCCCGCAAGCCCUAUCCGAGCAUCUACGUCGACCUUCGUUCUCGUUAUGGCUUUUGCUUUUGCCUUGGCUACUUUUGUCUCGCAUCCAUCAUCCUCGACACUACGCUGUACAAGUAUUGGGCCCUACGGGACACUCUGUCUGAGGAGAAGCUACGCCAUCUGGACGAUGCCAAGCGCGUCGCUGCCCACAUGGAGAAGGAACGCAGGAAAGCACUUGGCACGGCAUUGAUCGAUGUCUUCAGUAAGAUCCUCAUCGUCUUCGGCGUGAUGACUAUACUGCUCUGGCUCUUCAUCGACAACAAGGAGACAACAAUCAUGUACUACGGCUACUCCUUUGGGUACAGCUGCGUCAUUCUUUUCCAGUUCAACCGGUGCUUUACAACAAACGUGGCCGUACAUAUCAAGAUCAUCCUCUGCUCCGCGGCAAUCGGUUUUGUUGGUGGCUGUGUCAUUCACGCCCUGCCUUGGACCGUUGGCUUCUUGUACACCGACUUGCUUGCCCAGAACUUUGCUGGCGCUCUCGCCGCCAUUGGAACGACAUUGUGGUGUUACAAAGACUGGUGUGCCUCACCCUCGGUGCUGUCCUCCUCACCGUCCAGUGGCACUCAAACCACCGACCCUACCGUACACAUUCAACGAAAGGUCUUGGUCGACCACACUGUCGUUGAUACACCGCAGCACAAGAGUAACCUGCCCACGACAUUCACUGUUCCAAACGUCAUCAGUUGGGAUGGAACAAACACGUCUAACUUUGUAACCGAGCUCCUCUGUUUUUCUCGUCAAGAGGAUCUUUCGGGAACUGGGUCUGGAUGGCCCACGCAAGUUGCCGACACAACGCUUCGGAUGUGGGCCAGUGGCCGAGUCAAGGCAACUGUUCUCAGCCGACAACACUUUGCCGAAGCCGGUUUCAUGGAUGCUGCCUCACUCAGCUUCAAGAACGACGAGGCGACGCUCCAUAUUGCGGUCUGCUUCGCUGGCCAAACCCUAAUCGGUGUCACGCCACACCCCUCCCCGACCAUCCAACUUGCCCAUGCUAUUGCGGAGGCCCUUCUGUAUCACGUAGCUCACGUGCAACUUGGGCUCUCGAAGGAACAGGCGGUGUACGCGGAGCAUCUGAUCCCAGGCAACGAGUGUAUCUCCAAACGAAUCGAGGCCGAGUUUUGUUGCACCGAACCCGAUAGCAACGUGCUGGCUAUAUCCUCUCGCCGACUUUGGAUGGAAUUUACGAAGCAGCUGUGCCUUGGUAUCGACAUCAACAUCCAAUGGGAUAAUCUCCCUCAAUCUGUCCGCGAAGUCAUUGUCAGCCGCAUCAAUGGUCGGUCGAUUUGGAUUUCGAAAGAGUUUUUGGCGUGGACCUCUGAGGCCCGAGUUGACCUUGAGACAGUCGACUUCCACGCCAGACUUGCACUCGAGUUGCAUCAGAGGGGUGUCAAUCAGCGCAACACUACGGUCGGCGGCAACUCUUGCCCACGCUCCGUUUAUGGCGCUCCCGCUCUGCUAAAGCCCGCCACGAUCACCCGGAGGAGGUGGCCCUUGGGUAUAUUUCACCGCAUCUGGCACGCGGUCGUGAGAAUUCCCGUUCUUGCCAUCAAAUGGACUGCCAUCAUCACCGGUGGAAGCUCAAACGUAGAGCGUGAGCUCUUCUAUCUCCUCGACGGCUUGUACUUGCGACGCCCACUCCUUUACGUCAUCAUGCUGGUUUGGAAGGUUUGCUGGAUGAUUCGCAACUUCUGGAUACAUUGUUUGAUCAUUUCGCACCGCCCUUCAAUUGCCCACAUCACGAGGCUUGCGUCAAAAGGAGCCAAGCGCAAGAUCCACAAGAACCGCAUCGUGGUUGAACUCAAGCGGGCUUCCAUUACUGGUUUUGCAGCGCUUGACGACCACAACGCCAUGGUGUUGCAGGUGUACGGUGGCACCCCAUUGACCCUUCCUGACAAGGUUGAACCUCUAUUUGUGGCCACAUACGAUAGCGACUGCCGUCUUACAAGGCGUGUCGAAGCUGGCGGACGAACCUCGACGUACAAAUAUGGCCCCCUACGAUCCUCGCGUCAGCCCAUUAGCCGAGAGGUAGUCCACGAAGGGUUCCACAGCGUCGGGUCCUACGACAAGUACGGCCGCAUGGUCCAGGGCAGCCUGACCAUCGACAACGUCGCUCUGGGCUUCCAUUAUCACUACAAGUCCAACAGCAAGGGGAGCUCCAAUGUCCUCCGUGCCGACUACCAAGCUGCCGACACCGGCGACACCCUAUCCGUGUUCUGGGGCAAGCCGGUCGAUAUUGAGGACUACACCUGGGUCCCGUCUCAGAACGUAGGCCUCAUUAUUCGCCGGAUUGCAGGUAGGACAUGUAUGACCACCUACGAUUGGAGCCACCGACGCGAUCCCAUGGUUACGACUUUUCUUGAGCACGGUAACGGACAGCGGACCGUACUGGCCAACGCUCCGACGCUCUUGGCUAAUGAAGCGCCACUGCUCGACUGGCCCACGAAUCAGGCCUUUGAUAUGGACAAUCUGCUUGUUUACCAUUCACCUCUGCAUAUUCACCAGAUGCGACGUUACGCCAACGUCGACAAGGUUCCCGGGUUUUUAAACAUCCUCCGUCCUUCGGGAUGGGUGGCUCGCCUUAACCGGUGUAUCUACAACGAGGUGCCGACUAGUCGCAUUCGCACCGAGCUCUGGAGUAGGUGGUUGAAAGGCGGACUCGACGCCGUCACUGCGUGCUUCGUCGACGAGAUCAUCCUACGUGAGGAGCCCCUACUACGUGGAUACUGGCGCGCCCGUGAUAGUGGGCGACUCGACGACGCUGUCCGCGCCCUCGACGGUAAUAUCAGCCAGAUUGUCGCCGCUAUGGACAUCGAGAGCGACGUGUCUGAAGUGACCCUGCUGGCCAUUCGUACGUCGGACCUGUACGCCAUGGGCCUCAGCACGGACGCCAACACUGUCACGACGCGCCCCCAGGACUGCUACAACGACACCCAUGACCGUGUCUCGAUUAUUUUCAACGACGUUGGUUGUUGGCCCAACUCACCCGGUGGUGUGUCCAACUGUCGUCGGGAUCUGGUCAACGGGCACAGCACGAUCCGCAAUCAUGUUCUGGCAGAGUGCGCAAACGAGUACGGUAUUCCCCAGUUUCAGGUUGAAAAGGGGGUGCAAACGGUCAAACUGUUACCUCUUUGGGGUAUCGAUGGCGGCACAGCUCAGCAUGGCCUGCUUAAUAACCUCCUUCAAUCACAGGUCGACGAGAAGAUUGAUGACACGGAGCUCCAGCGCGACAUUGUCGGCACGUUCAUCCCGCUUCUAAACCAGUUUGUCAAGGGCUGCCGCACCAAGCGUUACACGUAUGCCAGCCUCGGCUCGCUAAGUAAGGUCUUCCUCUCCAUGGCCGACUACUACGAGCACAAGGACUACAUGCGCACCUGGAGGUCGCAGGAGGUUGAACAUGCCUGGGUUGCCGCUUGGCUCAAGCCGUACGAGGAUCCGAACAUUGCCGACCCAGCUCAUUGCUUUGACAUUGCCCGUCCGAGUUCGCUCGACUUUCGCCAAUCGCUCUACAUUUACCUGGCCUACUUUUUCAUCUUUGCUGUUGGCGUACCCGAACGCUGCCCACGCGUCUUCCAGAGCACCCACCACGGUAUCAGCAGUCUUUUCGGCAUGGUGCUCAAGUACCGUCGCGGCGUGACCUUCGGCAUCUGGGAUCACGCCAUCCUUUGGCGAGAGUGCUGCCUCAACUUCAGUGUGGCACAGUCUGAACUACCUGUGGCUGUUCAAUCCAUGCUCUUAUCUGGUAUUGGGUUGGCCACUCACCUUGCCUACUUCCACGCAGACGUAAUUCUCCCGUGUGCGACAGUGUUUAACCCCAUGUGGGAGGUUGAACUCGGAACAGACGGGUCGAACGUGGACCAUCGCAACCACUUUCGUCGCAAGAUCGAUCCAGUCGUCAACGGUAUCAGCAACAUGGACGCGUACAAGCCUGUCGACAAAGUUCGGACCGAUAUUCCGACAGUGGUCAUGUUAUCCAACAUUCAGUUUAUCAAGGGCAUCAAGUUGGCCAUCCAGGCGGCGGAUAACAUCGUAAACCAGUUCGGCUUUAAGGACUACCGUCUCGUAAUCUAUGGGGCUAAAGAUCGGCAGCCGGCGUAUGCUCUCCAGAUGGAGAAGCUCAUUGUCGAAAAGAACCUAGCUGCUCACGUCACCUUGGCCGGCUUUGGGAAUUCGAAAGAGGUGCUCAAAGACGCGUGGCUGUUCAUAAACUCGUCCAUCUCGGAAGGACUCCCACUCGCCAUCGGUGAGGCGGCGCUGGCCGGUGUCCCUAUCGUAGCCACGGAGGUUGGCGCUACCGCCCUCGUUCUUACCGACCCCGAAGACCAUACACAGCGUUACGGCGAGGUUGUGCCCCCCAAUGAUCCCAUGGCCUUGGCUCGCGCCCAGAUCAGCAUGCUCAGCAUGGUUGGCACUUGGGCGAAGUUUACUACUGCGCCGCAAGCAGGGUGCUCGUCCACUGCCUCCCCUGUCCUGCCUCAAGACAUCAUGCCCGAGGACGUCAAGUGGCUCACCGAACGAUUCUACGAGUACAGCACCGACCGUCGUAGGCUAGGCCUACUAUCGCGUGAAGUUGUGUUGCGCAGCUUUCACGGCUCGCGCUACAUCCGUGAACACGAGCAGAUGUACUGGAUCCAAUGGCAGCUCGCUCAACGGAGGGCUGAUCGUACCCUCGCGCCGCUACCUUUCAAGUUCAGCUGUGCAGAGCCGCUGCGCUACAAAGAGGGCGACACUUCAAUCUAG